ACGAUGGCCAAGCUGUGGUGGCUUUACGCCGCCGCCGUACUGGGCCAACAAACCGACUACGAGGAGAAGCUGGCGCGCGACCCCAACAAGCGCGACCCGGAGACCAAAGUCGACAUCGCGAUCAUCAUGCACGGCCUCUCGUCGCCCACGAAACAUAAGAGGUAUGACGGCUGCACCACCACGAACGCGGACUGGCGGCCGACGGCCCACCAGAUCAUGACCUAUUUAAGGCCGCACAUCGACGCGGACCUGUUCCUGCACACGUGGUCCGGCAACGAGAGUGCAGAAGUCGUAACGGCGUACGAGCCGACGAAUUAUACCGUAGAGGAUAUGAUGGAUUUUGCGGACGAGUACCACCAAAUAUCCCGAUCAUUAGUGUAUGACAUGGACUGCCGAUACGAUAGGAGAGUGAGCACGGGCCAGCGGUGCCCGCAGGUCCUCCAGAACAAGUACGCCCACUUUUAUUCGAUGCGAGAAGCUAUAAGGUUGUCGAACUGGUACGAGUGGGAACAUCGGGACGGGACGCAGUACAUGCUGUUCAUUGUUUGUAGGUUGGAUUUGGUAUUUACUUUUGAUGAUGGAAAAAUGGGCCCGCUGAUGAUCCACCGCGGCAAUCUGAGGCGAGUGCGGCAUAGCAGGAUCGCCGUGUUUGGGGCGACGCAUCCCGACAACUCGACGCGGAACGUCAUGGACGAUUCGUUAUUCAUGGGCGACGCUCUCGUGAGACAGGCGGCGUUGACGAUGGACUACCUGGUCCCGCAAGGUGAAGUACGAGCAAAAGAUGGGUUCGAGUUCACGAAUCGAGCUUGUUUAGAAAGGCAAAUAGCGGGCUUCGAGGACUGGUAUCCUCUUAAGAGGAGGGUCAAAGCCGUCGAGGCGUCUUCAUUGGAGCCGCUCUGCCACGUGUUGCGGCGGGAAUCAGAUAAAGCGUGUCCGCGACUCACGGUGAACCGAAGACCUGAUCCGGCCUACGACGCGUGUAGGGCCGCAACCUUACAACGGCCCGUGGCGCCUUUAAUAAACGUCGAUCUAUCUAUUACCAUAGACGACGACCACCACACCCUCAAAGUCUAUGCGGAGUCGUCGGCACGUGAGGUACGACGCGUCGUGGACACGUUCCUCCACAAGCGCUGGUGGUUCGACGGCAAGCUCCCGCUGCAGCCCCGCUUCACGAACGACUCGAAGCUGCUCGACGACGCCGCGGGGCGAUUGGUAGACGCCCUGUUCGAGCAGCAGGCGUUGCACGGGAACGCGUCCAACCAGCAUUUGCCUCCAUUAGAGUGGCUGCGGGCGCCCUACGACUACCCCUACGAGUCGGCGCCCACCGAGAUCGACGAGGACCUCGCGAACCGGAGCCCCGACGACUUCGAGCGCAUUAGCGAGGAGGAGGCGGAGAGCUACCUCUACCCCGUGGGCGAGGAGCCGGGGCGCAAGCUCGCGGACUGGAUCAUGCACUGGUACGACCCCGACGAAAAACACGUCUACAACGACAUGGGAAAACGGCCCGGCACGCGGUACGAGACGGUGAUGCCGUGGGAGCACCCGUCCCGCACGGGCGUACCCUUCCCGCCGAUAGCUUGGAGCCCGUGCGGCACGUCGCUCGAGCCCGUCGACCCAGAAGACUGCCCCAGAGAUAGCGACCUGGCCACCUGCGACAGGGUUGCAUGCGGCGUGCUCUGCGAGGGAGACGGCGAGUGCGGGACCGAUGGAGGUCUGGACAACUGCGGCGGCUUCGACGUCUAUCGCAAGAUCUGUGGGGGGAAGGAUGAGCCGGCGCGCGCCCCCGCGCGCCCCGACCUCGAGCCGCGCGCGUUCCUUUAUCAAAAGCCACCUGAGGAGGAGGUCGUGUAUAUCGACUAA